UGUUUACGAACUUAGCACGUGCGGUGGUGGGUUGAAGCUGACAAAUUUUACAGUGCGCUUCGGGCAGCACGGCAGGUCAAAACUGGGUCAAAAUCGAGCGAAUAAAGGAGAUUUUUGACCCAAGUAUGAUGACAGUUCUACAGAACUGUCAUCAUACUUGGAGUUUUGACAGCAGUUAGUGCGCUUCCAUGUCAAAACGAGGUGAGCUGGUGGAAUAAAGAAAUUCACUAUAAAUUGGCCCUGACAAAAAUAAAAACCAAACCAAUAUCAACAGAGUCGUCAGGGCCAAUAGCAUGUGAAGUGAACUGUGCAAACAAUGUGGAUUUACGAGAAUUAGAAUGAAUUAAUGCUCUAGUGUAAGGAAAUCUUUUAAAUAAUGUCUGGGCCUGAAGUAAAAAAGCACCGAGCUAAAUUUAAGAAAGGCAGAAUCAAUCGAAAUUCGAAGGUAACGAAAACCAAAAUCAAUCAUUUGAAGUUAUCGGUUGAUUGUGAAUCGAACGAAAUCUCCCGGUUAAUUGAAAAGUGUAUCAAUGCAAGUGUUGAAGAAAACUGCAAGUUUUCGGAUUUCCCUCUUUCAAAAAAGACAUUACAAGGAUUAACACAAAGUCAGUAUAAAAUACCAACUGCUAUACAACGUGAAUCUAUCUUACCGGCUUUACAAGGUAAAGAUAUUUUAGCUACUGCCAAAACCGGUAGUGGAAAAACACUGGCAUUUCUUAUUCCAAUUUUUGAGAAAUUAUACGUUAAUCAGUGGACACGCCUUGAUGGGCUUGGUGCUCUGAUAAUAACUCCGACUCGUGAAUUGGCCUUACAGAUAUUUGAGACUGUUGCCAAAAUAGGCAAGCAUCAUGAUUUUACUACUGGUCUGAUUAUCGGUGGACAAAACCUAAAGUUUGAAAAGUCUCGAUUGCACCAAUUAAACAUUAUUAUAUGCACUCCGGGACGAGUGUUACAGCACAUGGAUCAAAAUCCACUUUUCGAUAGCACAAACCUGAAAAUAUUAGUUUUGGAUGAAGCAGAUCGAUGUCUGGAUAUGGGAUUUGAGGUGACAAUGAACUCAAUUAUAGAGAAUUUACCGGUGGAAAGACAAACAUUAUUGUUUUCGGCUACACAAACAAAAUCUGUAAAAGAUUUGGCUCGGUUGAAUCUUCAGAAUCCUGUGUAUAUAGCUCCCCAUGAGAAAGAACAGUACACGACACCGCACCGCUUGCAGCAGAACUAUGUCGUAAUUGAGCAAAAAAAUAAGCUUACAAUGCUUUGGUCUUUUCUUAGAGCUCAUGCCAAGCAAAAAGUUAUUAUAUUUUUUGCGACCUGCAAACAGGUAAAAUUUUUUUAUGAAAUAUUUCGUAAACUUCGCCCUAGCGCAUUGUUACUUCCUCUGUACGGUGGAAUGAAUCAAGAAAAACGGAAUAAAAUUUACACCGAAUUUUGCGCGCGUAGUAAUGUAUGUUUAAUGGCAACAGAUAUAGCCUCUCGUGGUUUAGAUUUCCCAAAAGUAAACUGGGUUGUGCAACUUGACUGUCCAGAAGAUGCUAUUCAAUAUAUUCACCGAGCAGGCCGUGCGGCACGCUUGAAUACAAGCGGGGAAAGCUUGCUUGUUUUGAUUCCGCAAGAGGAAAACGGAAUGAUUGAGCAACUACAAAAAUCAAAAGUACCUAUCAGCAAAAUUCACAUAGAUGAGAAGCAACUUUUCUCGCCGUUAGUAAAAAUUCAAUCAUUUCUUGCGCAGUCACCAGAGUUAAAAGAAUCAGCCAAACGUGCCUUUGUCGCUUAUGUAAAAUCAGUGGCACUAAUGAAAGACAAAUCUGUUUUUAAAGUGUCAAACCUAGAUAUGGAAGCGUAUGCCAGAUCGUUGGGUUUGUUGGUAACUCCACGUGUUCGAUUCUUAUCAAAAAUAGGUGCAGCACCAAAAAAUGUUCAUACAGAUCUAAAGGUUACAGUUGCUGAGGACGAUGUCGAUAGUAGUGGCGAUGAGUUAUUCACAGUAAAGUGCUCUGGGAUACCAGUCGUGGAAGAAAAAACUACUUCACCAUUAAUAAAAGGUACCAAGAAAAAGAUUACCAAAGUGAAGCUUAUGAAGAAAGCUUCAGUUACAAAUAAAAAAAUUGUUUUCGAUGAUAGCGGUCAUGAGACGGAAUUGAAACAUGACGAGGUGUACGACAUAGAAAAGGCUCGAGUAGAGCUAAUGUUGGGAGACGCAGAGGAUAAAGAGCGUUAUAAAGCUUUGAAGAAGGCCAAGCGAGUGGCACAGAAGGAAAAACUUAAACGGAAAUCCGAAGAGCAUGAUGAGGUUGAGAGCGUGGAUCACUUUGAUAGCGGUAACGAACAGAGUGUGGAUUUAAAUUGGUUACCUGAUCCCGACAAAAUUUACGUAAACCACAGCUCGUCAGGUAGUGUAGUUGAUCAUAAAGUACCAAAAGUUGCUGUAAAGGUCACUAAGAAACGUAGAACUGUGAAUGUUAGUGAUAUCACGUUGAAUGAAGCUGAACGACUUGCCAUGGACCUUCUCCAAUAGAAAUGAUAUUUAAUACCUAAUACAAAACCUGAAAACAUAAUAAAUGCUUCACGAAUUUA